AUGUGGUCCGGUUACGGAGCCGUGGUAGCCUUCAUGGUCUGGAUUGAGACGCGUACCUCAGCAAAUACAAUCCGUGGUGGUAUUUCUCCAAAGUAUCUCAACGAAGCUAUUGCACUGAAUGCCGAAUCGUACGAGUUUCUUCACAUGAGGGGACGACUUGCAUAUCAGGUGUCGACAUUGGGAACCAUGGAAAGAACGGUCGCACGCGCCAUUGGCUGCCUCCCGGAGACCAGCUUGCAACAAGCACUAGAGGAUCUGCUUGCGGCUGAAAACGCUUCACCAAAUGAAAUCGAGAACGUUUUUUUCUUGGGGAAAACUUACGAUGCAUUAGGGGAUUAUAAGAAUGCAGAAAUUUAUCUCAAAAAAGUGUUGACGAUUCCAACGGAUCCGAACUGCAUGGUAGAGCUCGAAUACGCACAAGAAGCCAGAGAAAUGCUUAAUGGACCAAACUACUCUCAUGAUUCAUAA